AUGUCUCCACCCCGUCGAGCUCUUAUCGCCAUAACGUCGGCCCACGCUCCGCUCUACCCGGAGGGCAAAGAGACCGGACUGUUCAUCACCGAAGCCCUACAUCCCUUCAACGUCUUCCGGAAGGCGGGGUUCGAAGUCGAUCUCGUGUCGGAGACAGGGCUAUACCAGCCCGACUGGUUGUCUCAACAGAAAGAAUGGCUUUCCGAUGAAGACCGAGCCGUUUGGGAAGACCAUUCCAGUGAAUUUCGGUCGAAACUCGAUCAUCUGCGCAGAUCAAGCGAGAUCAACGCGAGCAAUUAUGGAUUAUUUUUCGCGUCAGCGGGCCACGCCUCUCUGAUCGAUUACCCAGACGCCAAAGGUUUGCAAGAUAUUGCGUCGGAAAUGUAUAGUGCCGGCGCUAUCAUUGCGGCAGUCUGCCACGGAGGCGCAAUCUUCCCAGGGAUCAUCGAUUCAAGCACGGGAAAAUCCAUCAUCGCCAACCGCAAGGUCACUGGAUUCACCACCAGGGGCGAAGAGGAAGAAGGUGUGCUCGGCACGAUUCAGAGCUGGAACCGACCUACGAUCGAGGCAUCGGCUGCAUCAGCUGGAGCCACAUAUGUGUCACCCGCCGGACCGUGGGAUGCGUUCACAAUCACCGAUGGUAGAAUCGUGACUGGAGCAAACCCGGCUAGCGCUCAUGUUACCGCCGAAGCGUCGGUCAAGGCGUUCGCGUCUCUGUGA